AUGAGUAAAGCUAAAUUGCAAAGGAUUAUUUCCCAUGAGAAACUUUCUUCAUUUCAACAAGCACUUUUGUUGAGUUGUUCAAUUCAAAUAUCAAUUGAGUUUAAAUUAUUCUCCCUCUUGGUUUCUAUCACAUUUUGUGAAUCGUCAAACAUUCAUCACUCGAAGAUACGGAGUAAAAGAAAAGUUUUUCUUUGCAAGAUCGGUAACGUUGACGUUCGAGACUAUCAACAAAGAAGGCGACGACCAUUUAAAGUCAUUUCUUUUACUGUCAAUUGUAUUCGUCAUAAAAGUUCAACCCUAAAUAAUGAAAAUUUUCUUUCAGCAACAAAUUGUAAUGGAACGCAAAUCUUGUGA